AUGCUAAUACCCGCCUCUCCCACAAGGCCGCGCGCCGGCGUCGACGCGGCCGGCUCCGGAGCCCUUUGUGAAGGCCGCGGGCGGCGCCGGACCGCGGCACCAUGAGCGGCUCGGCCGGGGCGGCUGCGGCGUCCGCCAGCUCCGCGCCACCCGCGCAGGAGGAGGGCAUGACGUGGUGGUACCGCUGGCUGUGUCGCUUGUCGGGGGUGCUGGGGGCCGUCUCCUGUGCGGUCUCUGGCCUCUUCAACUGCAUCACUAUCCACCCUCUGAACAUCGCGGCUGGCGUGUGGAUGAUCAUGAACGCCUUUGUCCUGCUGCUGUGUGAGGCGCCCUUCUGCUGCCAGUUCGUGGAGUUUGCAAACAAGGCGGCAGAGAAGGCGGACCGGCUGCGCGCGUGGCAGAAGGCUGUCUUCUACUGCGGGAUGGCCGUGGUUCCCGUCAUCAUCAGCCUCACUCUGACCACGCUGCUGGGCAACGCCAUCGCCUUUGCCACGGGGGUGCUGUACGGACUCUCUGCUCUGGGCAAAAAGGGCGACGCCAUCUCCUACGCCAGAAUCCAGCAGCAGAGGCAGCAGGCGGAUGAGGAGAAGCUGGCAGAGACCCUGGAGGGGGAGCUGUGAUGGGGCUGGGAGCCCCCCCCGACUCCUCCGGUUCUGUGUGAGACACCCAGAUGAGGCCUGGACAUCGACCCUGAGGGACAGUCUGGCGGGGGCACCUCUGCCUGUCCCCCGUGCCCAGAGUCCUCUGUCUGUCCCUUCUCCACUCUGCUGGUGCUGGGCUGCAGGACUUGAGGCCGAUCAGAGCCCACGGAGCUCUGCACGGGUACCCCUGGCCCUGCUCCCCCGCUGGGUGGCUCUGUGGACUCUGCACUGUUGGCAGAGCCGCGGCUGGUCUGCCCCAGGCCCGGAGCAGCUUCCCCACGUCCAGCCGGGGCCUGCCUCUGGGUCCUUUGCCUGGGCGCUGAGCAGAGGGGCUGCCCUAGCCCUCCUGGCAGGCGGAGGCCCUGGGGCCUGGAAUGGCAGGGCGGUGUCCUCAGGCUGUCCACUGCCCGGGGCUAUGGCCCCUGCUGCCACUCUGUCUUCUGUGGGCACCCACAGUACUCCCAGGACACACCCCAUACCCCAAACAGCAGCUUUGGCAGUGACGGGACAGUAGGGUGGGGGCGCUCUCUGCCGCGUUCCCUGGAAUCUUGGACACGAGCCACCCUAGACACCCUGCCGCCCCACCUCCCCCGGGCCUGGCUUGGGCCACUAGGUUCUGCCCCUUCCCACCCCCCCAGGCCUUGGUGCUAAGGAAGCAGGCAGAGCAGACACUCCCUGGCGCCUACGAGGGGCCCCCACCAUUCUGGCCGUGUCAGCAGUGGCCCACGCCCCCACCUCAGGUACUCCUGCCGGCCUGUCCCCAAGCCCUUCCCACAGGGAACUUCUGCCUCUUCAGAGCAGGGCAGAGGCCAGAGUCACCCCCCACAGAGAGCUGUCCCCACUGCCCCGCGUGCCAGGCCACCGGGAACAAGGCCACCGGGAGCAAGGCCAUUGCGGGGGAGAGGUGACACCCGGGAAGUGGAUCCCAUCCUCCCUCUGCCCUGUGCCCUCGGCCCAUGGGCUCCUCUGGUUGCCAGGUGGGCCGCAAAGUGGGUGGUGUGGAAAACACUCGGUCUGGGCCCAGCCCCAGCCCACCCUGGGCCCCAGGGCCCUGGAGCUCGGGGACUGAGUCUUGCUGUGGAGACACCAGCCCCGCCGCUGUGCCAGGGCUGUUCCCAGGACCUAUCGGGCCUGUCAGCGUUGGCGGCAGGAGCACAGGCUCUCAGGCUGGCAGAGGGGGUGCUUGGGCCCUGUUCACGACUGCCCUGGGGACUCAUCCCUGGGCUCCUGGGUCACUAGCAGCCCUCCGGGCAUCUGGCCAGGCGAGCCCCAGGGUGGCAGGGGCAUCACAGUGUGGCCGGCUUGGUGGCACAUGUGCCUUCAGGGUUCCUCAAGCCACUGCUGGGUUCAAAGGGCUGUGUUAGUGUGUGUGUCUCCUCCCAAGUGUGCAGUGCUAAGACUUGUUGCGUGCGCGCGCGCUUGUGUGUGUGUGUGUGUGUGUGUGU